AAUCCAAUUAUAUUGAGACACAGUGUUUAUUUUUCCUAUGCUUGACUCAGCAAUAAAAAAACAAUUUUUCAGGUUGAAGGAAAGAUCUAAAUCUUUACUGGCGAGCUUAUCAGUUUUAUGCGUCAGAGUCGCUGAAUGAUUAAUCACCACUUGGCUGCCAGAGGGCGUAAAAUGACGUCCACCCCUUUAGACACACACUGAACGCUACAAGUACUGAGAAUGAACUGCGGCUGAAUAUAAUCCAUCCAACAGGCAUUAUUUUGGCUUCAGUAGGUUUCUAGAUAAUUAAAGUAGUCAUUUAACUGAACCAAACUGUCAACAAUUACUUUCAAAUGUCUCGAAGUCCGCAAAUCGCCCUCAUAGUGAUGCAACGUAGGUGCUCAGCGAAAUGGCUGAGCGUUGAUGAGUACCAUCUCACCUGUCCCCAUUCAUGCUCUGGAUUCCCAUAUGACAGACCGACUGACUGACUGAGUUCAAUAUUUGCACAAAAAAGCACCCAAUAAGACAAAAAACACAGAAAAGGCAAGAUGUUUAUACUGACAUGUCUUUUAAAACAGAGAAAAAUCAGGAAGUGAUGCGUUCAAGACAUCAUAACACAAAUCUGUCAAUACAAAAGAAUAUUGGCAUUUUUGUAUCACUGAUGAAGAGUGUUAAAAUCUGCACUGGAGGAAAGUUACAGAGUACAUUAAUUGAAGUUUGUGACUGAAGUUUUACCUGAGUAUAUCUAUUUUAGAGGAUUUUAUACUUCACUACACUUCAGAGGCAAAUAUUGUACUUUUACUCCACUACAUUUAUUUAACAGGCUCUAGUUACUUUUCAGAUUCGGAUUUUACUUACAAAACAAAUGGAUUUGUUGGAACAGUUUGCUAAACUGUAACAAAAAUAGUGAAAAUCAAACACAAAACUUUAAUUGAAUCAAAUUUUGAGAACAAACCAGGUUGCUCUCCUCGUGUUUGGAAGAUAAACCCACUGAAUGAGAAUUGGGCUUCUGUAUUUACACACUUUCCACGUGAACCACUUUGUAAACAUGUGUGUGGUCUUUAUGUGUUUUUAAUGUUCAACCUGCACCCGUUGCAGAGUGCUCCCAGGUUUGCUGUGGAGCAGAUAGACGGUAUAUAAAAACAGGGCUGGUGGAAGGUGUGGUGAUGCAAACUGACUGACUGACUGACUGACUGUCUGACUGACUGACUGACCCAGUGGAGCUGAGCUGAUCCACAGGCUGCAGACUGAACCAUCAGUGACUGAGCCUGAGACCAACUGGAAGUCAUGUCAGCAGUGCUAACAGAUCACAGGUAGGUCAGCUAAAUUUUAAUCAGUGUUUUUGUAAAUUGCCCAAACUUACAACUUAUUAUCACUUUUUUGUUGAUUUAUUUUUGCUUUAAUCGUCAUUAUUUUACAUUGUGUGUUUCAUUUUGUGCCAUUUGGUAUAUUACGUUGUAGACCCUCUGAAUAUUAGCCUAUAAUUGGUUUAUACAUUGAAUUGUCAAAAUGUAUUAACAAAAAUCUGAAACUUUAUUCAACAAUUGCCAAAUCUGCAAAAUAGGCAUGAAUUGGUUUCAGUUAAGUAUAUUUUAUUUGUGCUGUUUGGUUUGAUUGGUCAUUAAAUAGUUUUUAAGAAAGGUUUUUCUUGAUCAGUCAAGCACUUUUCAUGCUUUCUUGAUUAUCUAAAACUGUAUUUUCACAUUAUGUUAUCUUUAUUUUACCCACAUUACUAAAAUACAUUUUUAGCUUCGGAUAUUUAUUAUGUUGAAUUUAUAAAAAAAAAAAAAAAAAAAGAUAAAACCUCACACGUGAUGACGGCAGCAGGAGUUCAUCUCAAACUCAUCUGUAAAUAAAACCAACAAAGGAAGGUGUCACUUCCUCUUUACAGUCACUUCAUAAUUCUUUAAACUUGUGAAAACAAAAUAAAAGUAGCAAUUCGUCAAAAAGGGAACCUUGAGAGAGUGCCUAAGCGCUCUGCCCUCUGGUGGGCACAGCAGACAGAGACAAUCUGCCUCUUUUAUGAUCUUUAACUGAGGCAGCAGCUGCCCUUCACAUUGUCCCCGUUGACACCUUUCACACGAAAGUUGUUGCAUCACGGCACGCUUCUGAGUGGUUGCUGGGAGAUGAUGUUUGGACAGAGGGGACAGCAAAGAUUUGGUUCCAGAGGAUUAUUAAAUUUCCUCUAUUGAGAGCGAGAUAGCAGUUAUUCAGUGGGACGUGUUAUUAAGUGCAGUCUUCUGAUCUGAUCAAACAGUCUGCUGCCGGGAGGCGAAGCAUGCUGCCAGAGCGCUUCAGCAUCACAGAGGACAGACGCACAGUGAUGGAGAGCCGGGUCGGAUGAGAUUUACUGAGUGUCUGAGAGUUCGUCCCUGGUGUCAGCAGCCGCCAUGUUGUGCAGCCGCCUGUUGCUUGCUGUGUACAUCGUCACCUUCCUGAUGGGGGUCCCCGCCAACAUCCUGGCGUUCAUCACCUUCUGCCGCAAGGUGCAUCACAAGGCCACCCCGAUAGACAUCCUCCUCCUCAACCUCACCAUCUCUGACCUCGUCUUCCUCGCCUUCCUGCCGUUUAAAAUGAAGGAGGCAUAUGAUGGUAUGGACUGGCUGCUGCCCUACCCGCUGUGUCCCUUCACUGGCUUUAUCUUCUACUUCACCAUCUACAACAGCACCCUGCUCCUCACUGCUGUGAGCGUGGAGCGCUACCUGGGCGUCGCCUUCCCGCUCAGGUAUUCCCUGUAUCGCAGACCUCGCUACGCCGUGAUUUCCAGCAUCAUGUUCUGGUUGGUUUCCUCGCUGAACCUCAGCUUCGUCUACAUCAUCCCCUACGCCCAGUGGAGCAAAGGCGAGUGGGCUGACAACAACAAUGGCAGCAUCACCAACAGCCCUGCCACUCCGCCACCUACCUGCUACCUGGAUUUCAGCGAGGACGAGCUGCAGAUCCUGGUGAAAGUCCGGCUGGAGCUCUUUAUCGUUCUCUUCUGCAUCCCCUUCCUGAUCUGCUGCUUUUGCUACGUCAACUUCAUCCUCAUCCUGUCGCGUCUUCCAAACAUCGGCAGGCGGCGGAGGCUGCGUGCCAUUGGUCUGGCCCUCGGCACGCUGAUAGUAUUCGCUGUCUGUUUUGGGCCCUACAACGCCUCCCACGUGGUGGGGUUUAUCCGCCAGGAGAGCGAGGAGUGGAGGAACGUGGCGCUGCUCUCCAGCACCUUCAACGCCUGCCUGGAUCCAUUCAUCUUCUACUUCUCCUCAGCGGCCGUCAGAAGCAUGCUGGACCACUGCUGCAGGAACCUCAGGGCGAAGCUGCACCUCCUGAGGUGUGGAGAGGCUCCUCACGACCCCCAGCAGAGACCCUGCAGGGCUCAGAUAUACGAGGAAGCUCCUCGUCCCUGAAACGUUCUGGAGAAGUUAUUGACUUGAAUGUGUUUUUCAGGGCGUGUGCUUGUUUUUUUUAUCUCAUGAGUUUCAGUAAGUCGGUACCCUUCGCGAUGCUUAUUGUCAGUUAUUUAUCUGCUGAUUCUGCUGGAGGAUCACUCCAAAUUAAAUAAAGAGCAACCAAAAAGACAAAACAAA